CGUACUUUAUAUAAUUAUCUCAGUAAGUUGUCAGUACAGUUCUGAAUGUAUAAGUGUACACUGGUGUAUAAUUAAGUUGACAUAAUCGACUCCGGUAUGAUACUGUUAUUCUUCGGAGCCCUGCUGAUAAGCUGCGCCAGCGCCGACGAUGCUCAGUGGAUCAAUGUGAAGUCUGGAGUGAAAGGCGGAGUCAAGGGUGGACGAGGGGGAGGCUACCCGUAUUACAACCCUGGGGCACCCAAUAACACCUACCGACAAGAUGACGCUUAUGGCGGUUACGUCAUGCGAUUCAACAUGACUCAACAUGGCUCUGAUGCCCAUGGCAGAACUACAGACUUCCGUGAAGUCGGAGUAUGCUAUAUAGAAGUGCCAACAGCAUCGUUGGCUAGAGAUCCCGCGCAUAUUCCGGCUGGAAAUGGGUCACGUCCAGAUCUGAGCCGGAUAAGAACAUGCUGUAAAGGCUACGAGAGGAACAUCGAGCUGUUCAUGGUCUGCGACCCAGUCUGCAACCCGGAGUGUGUUAACGGUCUCUGCACAGCGCCUAACACCUGCUCAUGCUUCCCCGAUCAUAUCAGGAACUUGGGUGGGUUUUGCAUGCCGACGUGUCCGAUUGGUUGUCAGAAUGGCCACUGCAGUGGUGGCGAAUGCUUAUGCAAAGAUGGAUACACUUUGGAUUCAGAGGGCAAGUUCUGCAAGCCAGUGUGUUUACAAAAUUGUGGUGGAAUAGGUAAUUGCACCCAACCCAACACGUGUGACUGUAAGCCGGGCUACCAAGCGACGCCCGAAGGCAACUGCAAGUCAGUGUGUACAAACCCGUGUAAAAAUGGUUGUAUAACCUCUAACGAGUGCCGCUGUGAACAGGGUUACAGAAAAGAUUCUCAGGGACAGUGCGAACCCGAAUGUUCUCAGAGUUGCCCGCAUGGCCAUUGCGUUGCACCAAAUGUCUGUAAAGACCCUUCUACAUCUCGACAACCCAAUGUUCCCCCAUACUAUCCGCCAUACCAACAAAACAAUCCCUUAUACCCUGGCAAUCAAGUACAAAAUGGUACGAACCCUGCACAGACGUACCCUGGCCAAACAUACCCACAACAGACAUAUCCUGGUCAAACAUACCCCCAACAGACGUACCCUGGUCAAACAUACCCUGGACAAGCAGUCCCUGGUCAGACAUAUCCUGGCCAGACAUACCCUGGACAGAUGUACCCUGGUCAAAGAUACCCUUAUCAGACAUACCCUGGACAGCAAAACCCUGGUCAAAGAUAUCCUGAUCAGACAUAUCCUGGACAGCCAUCCCACGGACAGAGAUACCCUGGUCAGAUAUACUCGGGACAGGCAACCCCUGGUCAGAGGUACCCUGGCCAGACAUAUCCGGGACAGACAAACCCUAAUCAAACAUACCCUGGUCAACAAAUAAAUGGAAAUGAAUACACUCAGGAUAUUUCUAGAAAUCAGCUUAACACCGACAGUCAGGUAUCUGGCCAAAGUCAAAGAGGUGACGUUGAGCAAACUGGAUAUCAAAGUCAAACUGGGUUCCAAGACCAAAGCGGGUAUCACAGUCAAACUGAAUACCAAGGGCAAAGUGGAUACCAGGGACAAACCGGAUACCAGGGACAAACCGGAUACUAUGGUCAAAGUGGCUACCAAGGUCAAAGUGGUUACCGAGAUCAAAGCGGAUACCAAGGACAAGGUGAAUAUCAAGGUCGCUACCCAGUUGUAGGGCCACAGUUUCCAGGUCAACCAAAUUCCCAAAGCCAUACUUACCCCAGUUCUCCACCACCACCGACCAGCCAGCGGCCGUUGAGCCCUGAUGGGCAACCCGGCUGUACCACGCCAUGUCUCAAUGCCAUUUGCAUAGAGGACACUUGUCGGUGUAAUCCUGGAUAUGUUCCGGACCCAACUGACGUGACUGGAUCAAGGUGUAUACCAAACUGUCCGGGAGGCUGCCCUAAUGGCACCUGCUCAGCACCCCACUUCUGCAUCUGUAAUCCCGGCUACCGCAAGGACACCAGCGUGAAAGGUCGGCCGGCGUGCGUGAAACGUAUCCGAAGGUCGAUCGAGAAGCCAACACCCGAAGAAAUUGCUAGUCGAUUAAUAUUUGACAUCCCGGAAUACUGAACAUUAUCUGUACUCUUAUAAUUUCUGCGUUGUGCUUCAAAACAUCCCGUGAGUGUGUGAUGGCAAAAAUAAAUGUUCUAAUACGAGUGCUGAAGUUAUUGUUGGAGGUUAUAUUUGUUGGUAAUAAACCAAUAAAGCAAUAGUUAAACUAGUAUAUAAAAAAAUUGUUUGAAUACAAAUAUUAAGUAAUAUAAGUGUUCAAAAGUACAAAGCUCAAUAGAUAACAUAUGUACGUAUUGGUAAAACUCUAAAAUACUCACACUAAAAUUAAAGAAGUACCAAUUUAA